UCCUAAAAAACCAAUAUUAUUUUCUACGGAUCAGCAAGGCCUUGAUAUAUCUGUCCUUACCCAGCUUUUUGGGCUUGACAUUCAGUAUCGAUUUUACAUGCUGUACGGUUUAAAGUGAGUCUUUUGUGAGUGUGUAAUAGUUAUUCCAUCAAAAAAUCGUAAAGACACCUGAAUUUCCAGGGCAUCGUCGCAUAACGAAUCCGUAAUAAAUCGAAUCUAAGUCCGCCAAUCGCAUAGGAUUGGGAUUUUCUUAUCGGUCGUGACACCUGCCUCGCAAUGGAGGCGAUCCUCAGAUUCAACCAGCAGCAACAGCAGCAGGCAGAGGUGGACGAGGAGGAUGCCACCACCAGCGAUAACGAGGAGGGCUUGCCCCUUGAGAUAUUAAACCGCUCGGAGACCCGCGGCAGUGGCGGCUCCGAGGGCCCAGAGCCGGAGUCGGGUCGCUCCUGUUGGAUUUGCUUUGCCACCGACGAGGACAAUCGACUGGCCGUGUGGCUGCAGCCGUGCAAGUGCCGCGGCACCACCAAGUGGGUGCACCAGAGCUGCCUGCAUCGCUGGAUCGACGAGAAGCAGAAUGGCAACCAUCGCCGCGUCGUUGUCUGCCAGCAGUGCCAGACGGAGUACAUCAUACAGUUUCCGAAAAUGAACAAGUUGGCCACUGCCCUGGAGUGCAUAGAUUAUGCAGUGCGUCGGGUGUGUCCCUUCGUGACCGCUGGAGUAUUUUUUGGCUGCGUUUAUUGGACGGCGCUUACCUAUGGGGCUUUUACCGUUGUGCAGAUUAUAGGGCAGAAACGUGGCAUUGAGCUCAUUGAGGACUGGUGUCCCUAUGUGUUUAUCAUACUGCCGGCCAUACCCACAGGCCUGAUCUUAUCCCGUCUCAUCCGCUGGGAGAACAUCGUGCUGCGGGUCAUGCGAAGCAAGUACAAUAUUCUACGGAAGCUGCCCUUGUUGCACUGGCUCGGCGAACCGGAAGUGGAGACCGGAGGUGGAGACGACAACACCGAAGAUCUGCCACCCGUCCAGGUUGAUCCCUUCUCGGAUCCCCUUAACAUCUAUCGCCUUUUCUGCGGGGCCAUGCUCCUGCCCACCAUUGCCACGGUGGUGGGAGGCCUACUCUUCCAGCGAUACGAGGAUCCGCUGCAACGUACCCUCCUGGGCGGGGUCACCUAUAUUGUGGUGAAGGGCCUGCUGAAGAUCUACCUCCGCCAGAAGCUCUACAUACGGAGCCGGCGGCGUCGCAUCCUCGACUAUACCGAUGAGAAUGUGCGCCUUCAUAUGGGCGGUGAAAUCCGAGAGGCUCCGGCCCAGGACCAAAACCGCAAUCCGCGAGUAACCGCUGGCUAUGUUGAGCACUACGAGCCGGAUGAUAACUUUGCUGACUUUGAAACGGACAAUGCCAGGCCACCGCCCGAGGAGAAUCGAACAGGAACCAGGACUCAACCGAACCAAGACUAUUACAGUGUGGCAAUUGCCCCAGAAGAGGGUUGGUCUCCUGUGGACUAGUCUCGGCCAUCAGAUCGGAGGGGAGGUGGGGGGAUCAUCAAACCAACAAGACUAAAUUCAACGAAAUGCGAUAAUAAUACCAAAGGAAGCCUAUAUAUAUAUAUAUUUGGAUACAAAUCAUGGAUACAACAUUAAGUUUAUUGCUCAUUUGCUGAAGGAGUAACGGACAUUGAUUUACCUUUAAAUCAAAUUUCUACAAUUUAGAAAAAAUGUUGGAAUAGGAAUACAGGGACUAGGGGAUUUCCUAAAAUAACCUGCUUAAAGAAUCUAAUAAAUUACUUGUUUUUUGCUAUGUUCAUUUCUAAAUUUCAACAAAAGAAACAUACAAAUAAAAUGCUUGGAACAAA